AACGGACUCCACAGAAGAAGCUGGCUAUUUCCAUCUCGGUUUGGGUGCUGAUGGUUUUGGAUCUCUUACUUUGAAAAAAUAAAAAUAAAAAAACUACUUCUCCGUCACUUUCCCUUUUCUUUUUCGCUGCAUUUAUUCCGAAAGAUGGGAUGGAUUUGAAACCGAGUUGGGUAAGUGCUAUCGUGGGAAUUCAUGAACGCCGAAGAUUUUAGCUAAAGGUUAAACUGGUUUUUUUUAAUUAAAAAAAAUAACGGGUCUGUGUUGUUUAUAUGAAUCCCAAUCCCAUUAUGGUUAAUGAGUCUUUUAUUUUAUCCGUACGACCUUAAUUGCAAAUAAAAUAAGGCAUGGAUAGCAAAAUACCUCGGGGAGGAGUUAAAUCGUUCUGGAAGCUUGCCUCCAAAAUGGUUUUCACCAUAUUUGGGGAGGUUUUCCAAAUGUUGAAUUUCGGAUUGGUUUAGUGCAAAAAAUAAUAAUAAUGCCAGAAUCACUUUGAGGCUGUGGUUUAGGGAGUCCGUUGUGUAUGAGUGUUUUGCUGUUUCGUUAUAGAUGGUCUCUUGUGUGCUAUGGAUUUGCAUUUUUGGGUGACAAGGCUUUUGACGUGUGCAUUCCAUCUAUUGGGUACCCUUCCUUUUUUUCACAUUCCUCUUUUAAAAAUAAACUUUAUUAAACAAGAAGAUACCUUAAAAUACACACAAAACGAGCACACAGUACAAACAUUCUAAUGCUAUGGAAGGAUGCAAGCUAGGCAGCCCCAAGGAGGAUAGCUGCAUUCAGCUGUACAAGCUAACUUGAGAACAAAGGGAGGUGUUGGGCCACAUCCCCAACAUACCUUUCAAGCCCUGAGAUACUAAUUUAAGUAGUCAUGGCUUUCCCCCAAAGACUCCUGGGACCUGUAGUUUGUUAAUGGUGCUGAAAGUUGAUAGGAAGCCCCUGUUCCCCUCCCAAAGCUGCAAUUUCCAGAUCUCCCUGGGAGACUGAUUGCUCCUUAAACUGCCCUGGGUGGGAAUUGUAGCUCAGCCGGGGUUAUAGAGAUCUCCAGACAAGGCUCAGCAUCCCUAACAAUCUACAGCUCCCAGAAUAUCAAUUCAGUAGUUGCUGUUGGGACUGGAGAAAGGGAGGUAGCCAUUGCUUAAUUGAAUGGGCAUGUUUAGGUGUAGGAUUAAAUAAUAAUAAUAAUAAUAAUAAUAAUAAUAAUAAUUCAUUUAUACCAUGCCCAUCUGGCUGGGUUUCCCCAGCCACUCUGGGCGGCUCUCAACAGAAUAAAAAAAUUAAAUACAAUAAAACACCAAACAUUAAAAACUUCCCUAAACAGGGCUGCCUUCAGAUGUCUUCUAAAAGUCAGAUAGUUGUUUAUUUCCUUGACAUCUGAUGGGAGGGCGUUCCACAGGGCGGGCACCACUACUGAGAAGGCCCUCUGCCUGGUUCCCUGUAACCUCACCUCCAAAUAUGAGUUGCCGGGAGGCAAAUUGUGGUGUGUUUGUGUGCAUUUGCAUGUGUCAUUGCCCAUGUCUUUGCUUCUGGGCUUCCCAGUAAGAUCUUGUCCAGUGUGGGGAACUGGGUGCAAGACUACACGGCUGCUUUGUUUGAUCCUGCAAGGUUCUUUGCAUGGUCUUUGUAUGUGAGAUUGAGGGAGUUCCUGCCUUUUUGCAGGAUAAUGUGAGGAGCUGUGCAUGUUGGACGUCUGUGAGGAAACGGCACCACUGAUUCUUCUCCCCCCGCAAGUCCUGACUUUGAUUGCUAUUGCUUAUUGAAGUCAAAACAACAAUAACAACAACUCAGAACAGGGGAAAUAUCAGCAGGUUUGGAGAAACGCCUCCCCCCUCCAAGUUUGUAAAAGUACAUUAAAAAGAAGCCUAAGGUGUAGGAAAUAGCUCAGUAAGGAUUGAGUGUGCUAAAUGGCCACAGAAUGCUGGCUGAGAUUCCAGCUCUAUGAUUCAAUGAGAGAGGGAGAAAAACAAGUGAGAGGGGAAACGGAAUGGAGCAUAGCAAAUGAUGGCCUGGCUGGCUUGACUCACACACUGGAAAAGUGUUCUCCUAAACUGCAACAUUUUGUUGUGGCUCCCGCUGGUAAUGUUAAAUUUUGCCCUGCUUCUCCCAAGCAGAGAUAGCUGUACAGGACUUAACAGGGCAAUCCUAUACAUAUCUACUUGGAAGUGAACCUUACUGAUUUUAUAGUUGGUCUUACUCUCAGUUAAGUGAGUAUAGCAGUUUUAAUUUCCUUUGCACAAGAGAAGAGAGUACUGGAGGUUUACGGUGUCUUACCUUUCAGAUGUCUGUUUUGCUUAAGGUUAUGCAAACCGUGCAUUUUGCAAGCAGGUUCAUUAAAACAGGCACCACAGCCUCUGAUCUCAGGUUCUUGAAUAAAGAAAGUUUUCCUUCACCUUCAGUCAACACAGUUCUUCCUCUGUCCACAUUCAAACUGCAAAAAACCACAUUUUUCUGCCUGUCCCUCCGAAUGCGGGUGGUUGCUGCAUUCCAAAGGCUGGCACCACCGAGGAUAAUAGAUCCAGGCCGUUUGUCAAGUGCUUGAUCACCCAUCAAGCUCACUGCACAGAACCACAGUAAUAGGUGUAUUUGUACUCAAAGUUAGCUAAGCUUGUUGCAGAAAGGAGAGCCCUACUAGAUCAGAGCAAUGAUCCAUCAAAUCAGUUAUCCUGAUUUUGGUGAUGGUCAGAUAGAUGAUUCCCAGAAAACCAAUCUGAGCGUGAGGGCAGCAAACCUCAGCCUCUGAUCUGGAAGCCCUUCCCCAAAUUCCUGAUGAGUGAGGACUCUGUACUUACCCUAUUGUGAGGGAAGUACAUAGUGCAACUGCUUAGGAAGACUUUAAUGUAUUUUAGUACAGUGGUACCUCGGGUUAUGAACUUAAUUCGUUCUGGAGGUCCGUUCUUAACCUGAAACUAUUCUUAACCUGAGGUACCACUUUAGCUAAUGGGGCCUCCCGCUGCCACCGUGCCACCGUCGUGCGAUUCCUGUUCUCAUCCUGAAGCAAAGUUCUUAACCCGAGGUACUAUUUCUGGGGUAGCGGAGUCUGUAACCUGAAGCGUAUGUAACCCGAGGUACCACUGUACUCCUGAGCUGUGCGCAUCUCUCUCUUUCUCUCUCUCUCUCUCCCUCCCCCCCCCACCUCCCUCCAGGACGAAUUGGGAUUGUAACUGAGGAUGAGGAGAACCAUCCCCAGCAAGAAAUGGAUCGCCGUCAGCAGAGGUUUCAGGGAACACGCUCUCUGUCCACAGAGGAAGCUUGCUUUUCAAGAGUGUCCUCCAAGGAGGAGCUCCAGGAGAGGAACAGCCAAGCCAAGUGGGAGCACCUGCCGUGGCUGGAAGGCAGCUUGGACGAUUGUGGAGACCGGGAUCAGGAGGAAGCCUCUGAGAGCAGCUCUGUGGUCUUUGUUGAGGAGCAAGGAGAUGUUGGGUGCGUGUCUGACUUAGAGGAGCCCUCUGCCCAGGUGGAGGAAGUCAUAGGGGAGAUUGGGGAAGACACAGAGGUGUUUGUUUAUCCAAAGGGGUCUCUGCCGAGCGAUGAGUUUGCUGCAGAAGAAUCUGAGCAAAUAGCUUACCACAGAGAAAGUGGCGAUGAAGCCCAGCUGCUCCUGUGUCCAGAGGCAGCUCUGGGAAGGGAGGAUUCUGAGGAGGAAACUGGGACCGUUGGUUAUGAGGGUGCAUCCUCUCUUGGGGUUGAAUCUGAGAUGACCCUUGAAGCUGAGGGAUCCAAUGGGGAGGAGUCCGAAGAGAUCCCUUGCUGGGGAGCAGCUCACCUGGGGGGAGUGGACCUUGCGGGUCAAUCGGAGGCCAACGCUUACCAGGAGGGUUCUCUGGCCAGGGAGGGAUCCAGUGGCGAGGAGCAGGAAGAAAUCCACUCUCAGCAGGGCUCUCUUUCUGGGAACGGCUCCGACGAGGAGGCGUUCAGUGGCUGGGCUGUCCCGGUGCAGGCGCUGGUAGCCGAGCAGCGGCCUUCCAAGCCUCGCCACAUCUGCAGCGAGUGCGGCCGCAGCUUGGCCAGCCACUCUGCCCUCGUCCGCCACUGCCUUAUCCACACCGGAGAGCUCCCGUACGCUUGCACAGAGUGCGGGCGGCGCUUCCGGCAGUCCUCGGCCCUCGUCCGCCACCUCCGGGCCCACCGGGGCGAGCGCCCGUACGUCUGUGGCGAGUGCGGCAAGGCCUUCGGAGUCCGCUCAGCCCUCGUCCGCCACCAGCGGGCCCUGCACACGAGCGAGAGGCCCUACGUGUGCGGGGAGUGCGGCAAGGCCUACGCCGACCUCUCUGUCCUGACCAAGCACCAGCUGAUCCACGUCAACGGGCGGCCGUUUUCCUGCCCCGACUGCGGCCAGGCGUUUGGGCACCGCACCACCUUGAACCAGCACCGGCGCAUCCACACCGAGGAGCGGCCGUACCGCUGCGCUGAGUGCGGCCAGACCUUCCGGCAGAACUCGGCCCUGGCCAACCACCGCCAGGUCCAUUCGGGGCAGCGCCCCUUCUCUUGCCAGUACUGCGGCAAAGCCUUUGCCGGCCGGCCCACCCUCGUCCAGCACCUCCGGACACACACUGGGGAGAAGCCGUACAGCUGCCCCGACUGCGGCCGCCAGUUCAGCACCAGCUCCAACCUCCUGCAGCACCGCAGGAAUCACCUGGGCGAGCGCCCUUUCGCCUGCUCACUGUGUGGCCGCCGCUUUGCCCGCCGGCCCGACCUGGCCCGCCACUACAUCACCCACGCCGAAGGCAGCGUGCGGCCCCACCGCUGUGGGGAGUGCGGGAAGCGCUUUGUGGACCUGGCCGACCUGGAGCAGCACGGGGCCACGCACCGUGGCGAGCGGCCCUACGUCUGCAGCUUCUGCGGCAAGUCCUUCGCUGAGGCCGCCACGCUGGCCCGACACCGCCGAUCGCACCUCCCCACGGCUCAGCAGGCCUACAAGUGCGAGGUGUGUGGGCAGACCUUUGGGCAGAGCUCCGACCUGCUGGCCCACGGGCGGGUGCACAGCGGCGAGCGACCCUACGCCUGCGGGGACUGCGGCAAGGCCUUUGGGCGCAGCUCAAACCUGUCGCGCCACCGGCGGGUGCACACCCACGAGCGCCCCUACGUCUGCGGCGACUGCGGGAAGAGCUACACCCAAAGCACGCACCUCAUGGAGCACCAGAGGCUGCACACGGGCGAGAGGCCCUACGAGUGUGUGGACUGCGGGCGCUGCUUCGGCAAGAAGGGGCACUUGGACUCUCACCGGCGGGUGCAUCGCCUGUUGCCCGGGUCUCCCAGAGGGGCUGAUGGGGUGCAAGCCGAUUUGGGGAACCUGGAGGGUGUAUGAAGGAAUCCUGCAGGGGUGGAAAGUUGUGGGUUGUGGUUGGGGACAAGGAGUCAGAGCAAGGUUAAUAUCUGAGAAUGGCUUAUUCCUUAGAUUUUUGUACCGCCUUUCACCUGAAGGUCAUAGUUCAGUCGGUAGAGGAUAAGACUCUUAAUCCCAGGGUUGUGGGUUCGAGCCUCUUGUUUCCUGCAUUGCCGAGGUUUGGAUUAAAUGACCCCCAGGGUUUCCUUCCAUGAUUCUAUGAUCACAGGGCGGUUUGCAAUAUAAAAACACAAGAAUACGUACCAUAAAAAACAAACAAAGACAAUAACCCCCUCACACACCGUUAUUAGCCCUGCCUGAAUGCUGCAGCGAUCUAAGGAUAAAGAGCAUGUGCAGAAUUCCUGGAGGGGCUCCCCAAAGUGUGUAGCUGCAUCACCACAACCUUAUGGGUUAGUGAUUUCGUGGGGUGGGGAAGAGUGCUUUUCAAUUGCUUGAUGUUAAAUGUAUGCUCGGUAGAGGGCGUGUUGGUCAUAAAAGGUUGGGUAAAGGCUAGAACAGGGGUCAGCAAACUUUUUCAGCAGGGGGCCGCUCCACUGUCUCUCAGACCUUGUGAGGGGCCGGAGUAUAUUUUUGGGGGGGGAAUGAACGAAUUCCUAUGCCCCACAAAUAACCCAGAGAUGCAUUUUUUUAAAAAAGGACACAUUCUACUCAUGUAAAAACAGGCCGAUUCCCGAACCGUCCGCAGGCCGGAUUUAGAAGGCGAUUGGGCCGGAUCCGGCCCCCGGGCCUUAGUUUGCCUACCCAUGGGCUAGAACAACAUUUCCCCAACCUGCCACCUUCUAGGCGUUUUGGACUACAAUUCCAGCCAUCCUCUACUGUUGCCCCUACUGGCUGUUGCUGAUGGGAAUUGCAGUCCCAAAACAUCUGGAGGGUACCAGGGCAGUAUGGGUAAAUCUGGGCUACAAUGCAGGGGUUAAGGGGUGUAUCCUGUCCGACUCAGAGAAGGCCCAGUGAGGUUAAUGGACACUACUAACUUAAGAGUCAGCAAUUUCAGUGGGUCUGCACUGUGUAGGACCAGCCUUGGAUACAACCCUAAAUACCCAGCACACAAUCCCAGAUUUGGGAUUUGCACACAGAAGUAUUGGGCUUGUGGGCCCUAACUGCUAUUGAAUUCCACUACAAGGCAACCCUGCUGGGUUCAGCUCCUCUCUCCUUCCUUUCUGACUUCUUCAACCCCAUUUCGCCCUUUUGAACUGUAGAGAGAACCCAAAAUUUCUGUCUUCCGUCACUGCCUUUUGAGAUGUUUUAAGUAUUAUCCUCCUACCUUCGUGUCAGAAUGCCAGGGACCCCCUUAGAAAUUGGAAUCCAAGGAGGUGAACUCUGGAAAAAUGAAGUUUAGAAUUGGACUGUGUGUAAUGUCCUCAAGAACCCCUUCUCUACCUCGCACCCCUCGAGCUGAUAACGCUUUUGCUUUGGUUCUGCAGAUAACAUCAAAUAAUCUCCUUGUUUAUGUAUUCAGUAAGAGGUUGAGAAUGUCUGUGCAAACCCGUGUGAGAGUUAUUUCUUUCUUGUUUGAAGAAAGCAGCUAAAAAUAUAUUUGAAAAACACGAA